UUCGCGCCGCGCCUCGGCUCCGAGCGCAGCGGCGCCGGCUCCAGGAGCGCCGCGGAGCCCCUGCGUGCGGCCGCGCCGGCGAUGCGGGGCCGCCUCGCGCCCGCCCCAGUCCCGGCCCCGGCCCCGGCCCCCGCGGGAAGGGGCUGAGCCGCCCGCCGCCGCCCGGAUGGCGAGCCUCGCCGCGCUUGCCCUCAGCCUGCUCCUGCGGCUGCAGCUGCCGCCGCUGCCCGGCGCCCGCGCACAGAGCGCCGCAGGCGGCUGUUCCUUUGAUGAGCACUACAGCAACUGUGGUUAUAGCGUGGCCCUGGGGACCAAUGGAUUUACGUGGGAGCAGAUUAACACGUGGGAGAAACCAAUGCUGGACCCAGCGGUGCCCACAGGCUCCUUCAUGAUGGUGAACAGCUCUGGGAGGGCCUCUGGCCAGAAGGCCCACCUUCUCCUGCCGACCCUGAAGGAGAAUGACACCCACUGUAUCGAUUUCCAUUACUACUUCUCCAGCCGCGACAGGUCCAGCCCGGGAGCCUUGAAUGUCUAUGUGAAGGUGAACGGCGGGCCGCAGGGGAACCCUGUCUGGAACGUGUCUGGGGUCGUCACCGAGGGCUGGGUGAAGGCAGAGCUUGCCAUCAGCACCUUCUGGCCACAUUUCUACCAGGUGAUAUUUGAAUCCGUCUCUCUGAAGGGUCAUCCGGGGUACAUCGCGGUGGACGAGAUCCGGGUCCUUGCGCAUCCAUGCAGAAAAGCACCUCACUUUCUGCGGCUCCAAAAUGUCGAGGUGAACGUGGGGCAGAAUGCCACGUUUCAGUGCAUCGCUGGUGGGAAGUGGUCUCAGCAUGACAAGCUUUGGCUCCAGCAGUGGAACGGCAGGGACACGGCCCUCAUGGUCACCCGCGUGGUCAACCACCGACGCUUUUCAGCCACGGUCAGCGUGGCCGACACUGCCCAGCGGAGUGUGAGCAAAUACCGCUGUGUGAUCCGUUCCGACGGCGGCUCCGGCGUGUCCAACUACGCGGAGCUCAUCGUGAAAGAGCCUCCCACACCCAUCGCCCCCCCAGAGCUGCUGGCUGUCGGGGCCACAUACCUGUGGAUCAAGCCAAAUGCCAAUUCUAUCAUCGGCGAUGGCCCCAUCAUCCUGAAGGAGGUAGAAUAUCGCACCACCACGGGCACCUGGGCCGAGACUCACAUAGUGGACUCUCCCAACUAUAAGUUGUGGCAUCUGGACCCUGACGUGGAGUACGAGAUCCGGGUGCUGCUCACACGACCAGGGGAGGGAGGCACAGGACCACCAGGGCCUCCCCUCACCACCAGAACCAAGUGUGCAGACCCUGUGCACGGCCCGCAGAACGUGGAGAUUGUGGACAUCCGUGCGCGGCAGCUGACCCUGCAGUGGGAACCGUUCGGCUACGCGGUGACCCGCUGCCACAGCUACAACCUCACUGUGCAGUACCAGUACGUGUUCAACCAGCAGCAGUAUGAGGCCGAAGAGGUCAUUCAGACCUCUUCCCACUACACCCUGCGGGGCCUGCGCCCCUUCAUGACCAUCCGGCUGCGGCUGCUGCUGUCCAACCCUGAGGGUCGGAUGGAGAGCGAGGAGCUGGUGGUGCAGACAGAGGAGGACGUUCCAGGAGCUGUUCCCCUAGAAUCCAUCCAAGGAGGGCCCUUUGAGGAGAAGAUCUACAUCCAGUGGAAGCCUCCCAACGAGACUAAUGGGGUCAUCACACUCUAUGAGAUCAACUACAAGGCCGUUGGCUCCCUGGACCCAAGUGCCGACCUCUCCAGCCAACGGGGGAAGGUCUUUAAGCUGCGGAAUGAAACCCACCACCUCUUUGUGGGGCUGUACCCGGGCACCACCUACUCCUUCACCAUCAAAGCCAGCACAGCCAAGGGCUUCGGACCCCCUGUCACCACUAGGAUUGCCACCAAAAUUUCAGCUCCGUCGAUGCCUGAAUACGACACUGACACCCCACUGAAUGAGACGGACACGACCAUCACGGUGAUGCUGAAGCCCGCUCAGUCACGGGGAGCCCCUGUCAGUGUUUAUCAGCUGGUUGUCAAGGAAGAGCGACUUCAGAAGUCACGAAGGGCAGCUGACAUCAUUGAGUGCUUUUCGGUGCCUGUGAGCUACAGGAAUGCCUCCAGCCUUGAUUCUCUACACUACUUUGCCGCUGAAUUGAAGCCCGCCAACCUGCCUGUCACCCAGCCAUUUACAGUGGGUGACAAUAAGACAUACAAUGGAUACUGGAACCCUCCUCUUUCCCCUCUGAAAAGCUACAGCAUCUACUUCCAGGCACUCAGCAAAGCAAAUGGAGAGACCAAAAUCAACUGCGUUCGCCUGGCUACAAAAGCACCAAUGGGCAGCGCCCAGGUGACCCCGGGGACUCCACUCUGCCUCCUCACCACAGGUGCCUCCACUCAGAAUUCUAACACUGUGGAGCCAGAGAAGCAGGUGGACAACACCGUGAAGAUGGCUGGUGUGAUCGCUGGCCUCCUGAUGUUCAUCAUCAUUCUCCUGGGUGUCAUGCUCACCAUCAAGAGGAGAAGAAAUGCUUAUUCCUACUCCUAUUACUUGUCCCAAAGGAAGCUGGCCAAGAAGCAGAAGGAGACACAGAGUGGAGCCCAGAGGGAGAUGGGACCUGUGGCCUCAGCCGACAAACCCACCACCAAGCUCAGCACCAGCCGCAACGAUGAAGGCUUCUCCUCUAGCUCUCAGGAUGUUAAUGGAUUCACAGAUGGCAGCCGUGGGGAGCUGUCCCAGCCUACCCUCACCAUCCAGACUCACCCCUACCGGGCUUGCGACCCCGUGGAGAUGAGCUAUCCCCGGGACCAGUUCCAGCCUGCCAUCCGGGUGGCCGACCUACUCCAGCACAUCACCCAGAUGAAGAGAGGCCAGGGCUACGGGUUCAAGGAGGAAUAUGAGGCUUUACCAGAGGGGCAGACAGCUUCGUGGGACACAGCCAAAGAGGAUGAAAACCGCAAUAAGAAUCGAUACGGAAACAUCAUAUCCUAUGACCAUUCCCGGGUGAGGCUGCUGGUGCUGGAUGGAGAUCCGCAUUCCGACUACAUCAACGCCAACUACAUUGAUGGAUAUCAUCGACCUCGGCACUACAUUGCAACGCAGGGUCCGAUGCAGGAGACUGUCAAGGACUUUUGGAGAAUGAUCUGGCAGGAGAACUCGGCCAGCAUCGUCAUGGUCACGAACCUCGUGGAAGUGGGCAGGCACCCAGCGGAACACACUGUGGGAAAUGCCACUCUAGGCCGCGCGGCGUCCCCCGGAAUGGUGAAGUGUGUGCGAUACUGGCCGGAUGACACGGAGGUCUACGGGGACAUUAAAGUCAGCCUGAUUGAGACUGAGCCCCUGGCCGAGUACGUCAUACGCACCUUCACCGUCCAAAAGAAAGGCUACCACGAGAUCCGGGAGCUCCGCCUCUUCCACUUCACCAGCUGGCCCGACCAUGGUGUCCCCUGCUAUGCCACCGGCCUCCUGGGCUUCGUGCGCCAGGUCAAGUUCCUGAACCCCCCUGAGGCCGGGCCCAUAGUGGUCCACUGCAGUGCUGGAGCCGGGAGGACCGGCUGCUUCAUCGCCAUUGACACCAUGCUCGACAUGGCAGAGAACGAGGGGGUAGUGGACAUCUUCAACUGUGUGCGUGAGCUCCGGGCCCAGAGGGUCAACCUGGUACAGACAGAGGAGCAGUAUGUGUUCGUGCACGACGCCAUCCUGGAAGCGUGCCUGUGCGGCAACACCGCCAUCCCCGUGUGCGAGUUCCGCUCUCUCUACUACAACAUCAGCAGGCUGGACCCCCAGACCAACUCCAGCCAGAUCAAAGACGAAUUUCAGACCCUCAACAUCGUGACCCCCCGAGUCCGGCCCGAGGACUGCAGCAUCGGGCUCCUGCCUCGGAAUCACGAUAAGAACCGGAGCAUGGAUGUCUUGCCUCUGGACCGCUGCCUGCCCUUCCUUAUCUCGGUGGACGGAGAGCCCAGCAACUACGUCAAUGCCGCACUGAUGGACAGCCACAAGCAGCCUGCUGCCUUCGUGGUCACCCAGCACCCUCUCCCCAACACCGUGGCAGACUUCUGGAGGCUGGUGUUCGACUACAACUGCUCCUCCGUGGUGAUGCUGAAUGAGAUGGACACCGCCCAGCUCUGUAUGCAGUACUGGCCUGAGAAGACGUCCGGGUGCUACGGGCCCAUCCAGGUGGAGUUCGUGUCCGCAGACAUUGACGAGGACAUCAUCCACAGAAUAUUCCGCAUCUGUAACAUGGCCCGGCCUCAGGAUGGGUACCGGAUAGUCCAGCACCUGCAGUACAUCGGCUGGCCGGCCUACCGGGACACACCCCCCUCCAAGCGCUCUCUGCUCAAAGUGGUUCGACGGCUGGAGAAGUGGCAGGAGCAGUACGACGGGAGGGAGGGGCGCACUGUGGUCCACUGCCUAAAUGGGGGUGGCCGCAGUGGAACCUUCUGUGCCAUCUGCAGCGUGUGUGAGAUGAUCCAGCAGCAAAACAUCAUCGACGUGUUCCACAUCGUGAAAACACUGCGGAACAACAAAUCCAACAUGGUGGAGACCCUGGAACAGUAUAAAUUUGUAUACGAGGCAGCACUGGAAUAUUUAAGCUCCUUUUAGCCUGACGGGAUGGGGAGCCUGCGGGAGCCCAGAGGCUGCAGCAGCCACG